CCAGCGCUCCCAUCUGUCAUCGCUCACCAUGAAGUUUAUGGACAAGUUCCACUCACCCAAAAUAAAGCGAACCCCCUCGAAGAAAGGGAAGCAGCCGGACCUGGUGGAAAAAACGCCCGAAAAAGCAGGGAACAAGAAUCUGAUCUGGCUCGAGGAGAAAGAGAAAGACGUUGUGAGCGCCCUGCGCUAUUUCAAGACCAUCGUGGACAAAAUGGCAAUUGACAAGAAGGUGCUGGAGAUGCUGCCGGGGUCGGCCACUAAAGUGCUGGAGGCUGUCGUGCCCCUGGUCCAGACAGACCCCCGGAUCCAACAGAGCUCUGCCAUCUCCUCCUGCUACAGCCGUGUGUACCAGAGCCUGGCCAAUCUGGUGCGUUGGUCUGAUCAGGUGAUGCUAGAAGGUGUGAACUCCGAAGACAAAGAGGUGGUGAACACAGUAAAAGAGGUCAUCAAGGCUGUUCUAGAUGGAGUCAAGGAACUGGUCAAGCUCACAAUUGAGAAGCAAGAGCACCCCUCCCCUACGAGUCCCGUCAAACCCCUUUUGCCUGCAUGUAAAUCCGACAGCCCUUCGGAGCUUCCCCUGACGGAUCGGGAGAUGGAAAUUCUCAACAAGACAACGGGGAUGACUCCGUCCGCAGAGGUUUCGGCAGAUUCCACGGAUGAAGAGGUCGCCCCUCCCAAGCCCCCCCUCCCUUGCAUUCGGGUAGCUGAAAACAGUCCUCCUCCAGCGCUGCCACCCAAAAAACGUCAGUCUGCUCCAUCCCCUACAAGAGUGGCUGUUGUGGCGCCCAUGAGCCGGACCACCAGUGGCUCCAGUUUGCCCAUUGGAAUCAACAGACAGGAUUUCGAUGCCGACUGCUACGCUCAGCGGAGGCUGUCAGGGGGCAGCCAGUCCUACGGAGGGGAGUCCCCCCGUCUUUCACCGUACAACAGCAUGGGCAAGCUGAGCAAGUCCGACGAGCAGCUCUCCUCGCUGGAUUGCGACAGUGGGCAGUGCUCCCGCAACACAAGCUGUGAAACGUUAGAUCACUACGAUCCAGACUACGAGUUCCUGCAGCAAGACCUCUCCAACGCCGAUCAGAUACCUCAGCAGGCACCCGGCGUCCUCAGCCCCUUGCCAGAGUCCCUGGCAGAGUCCAGCUCCCCGUUCCACGGACGUUCUUUCCAGCUGCCGGAGCACUGCAGCCCUUCGGCAGCAAUGCAGGUAGCAGAGAUUCCCCCGGCUCUGCCAGAGAAGAAGAGAAGGGGCACAGCUGCCCACACGUUUGAUACCUCCGGCUGUCGGCUCUUGUUCGAGAGGCACCCGUCGCAAUACGAUAACCUCUCCGAGGACGAGAUGCACAACUUGGCCUUGAUCCCCACGAUGCACUUGACCCCUUUUGCCACUGUGCUGCCCUUCCAGCCCGGGAACUCACCAGCCCCAAUGGAAUUCCUCGCUGACUUCGCUUCUCCAGACCCUGCAGGAGACUCCGAGAAACCGCCUCCUCUGCCUGAAAAGAAAAACAAACACAUGAUGGCCUACAUGCAGUUCGUAGAAGAUUACUCCGAGCCUCAGCCUUCCAUGUUCUACCAGACGCCCCAGAACGAACACAUCUACCAGCAGAAGAAUAAGCACCUGAUGGAGGUUUAUGGGUUCAAUGACUCCUUCAGCAGCGCAGACUCUGGCCAGGAUCUGGCCCCACCUCCGGCUCUCCCCCCAAAGCAGCGGCAGCUGGCCUCUUUUGCCACCUCCUCCUUCUCUUCUGUCUCCUUCUGUGUCCAGCCACCACAAGUGCCCUUCGGCCCCGAAGACAGCAGCGGCGUCUCUGUUCAGGGCCUCAGUAUGUCCAUCUCUAAUUCCUUCCUCCACCAGCACAGCUCCUUCCUUGUGCACUCGUACAAAUCAGUGUUCAGAUCUUACUCCCAAGACUUUGUGCCUCGUAACCAAGUUUCCGUCCCUCCUUUUCUCUCAUCUACCUCUGCCUUCUCCUCCCCGCCUCUGCCUUUCCCACCUGUGCACCAGUCUCCGAACUCUGACCUGCCGGCCGCGCCAGCUGCAGGCGGCCAGUCGCUCGGCACUGCAGACGGGGCCACCGUCUCUUCUCAGGAGAGCAGCUUUAAUGGGACUGCUUCUGUCUGCCUUCCCUCUGAAACCUCUUUCACUGAUUCUCUCCAGACAUCUUCGAGUGAAAACGCCGGUGAGGAGGCUGGGGAGGGUGAAUACGUCAAUCUGUAUUCCUCCAGCCAAAGCAACGGGGAACUCCCUCACUCUGAAGGAGAAUCUCCAGCGGUUAGAGACGGUCACUCCAAGGACUCUGCCUCGCUCAGCAACACCCCAGGGAAGGAGAACCAAGAUGAAAGCAAAAGGCAGCAAAAGUCACCAGAAUCCUUGGAGUCUUCCCAGCUGGAGGAGGAGGUGGACGAGCUGUCGCUGGUUGACCACAAUGAAAUUAUGUCUAGGCUGACGCUGAAACAGGAGGGCGACGAUGGACCAGACGUACGCGGGGGAUCAGGGGAUAUUUUGCUGGUCCACGCGACGGAGACCGACAGGAAAGAUUUGGUGCUGUACUGUGAAGCCUUUUUGACAACUUACCGAACCUUCAUCUCCCCGGAAGAACUCAUCAAGAAGCUGCAGUACAGAUAUGAGAAGUUCUGUCACUGUCCAGACACGUUUAAGAAGCGAGUCAGCAAGAACACUUUCUUUGUCCUGGUCCGAGUGGUGGAUGAGCUGUGGUGAGUGACCUUUUCCCUCUUGCCUU